AUGGGCAAGCUUGAUAACGAUAACUGGCUCUAUCCUGGAGACAGUCUCACAAGUGAAAACGGCAACAAUGAGUUUAAGAUGCAAGAUGACGGCAAGAUCUGUAUCUACUGGGAAGGGGAUUGCGUCUGGCAGAACACAGAGGAUCAACGCGAUGAUAUCAAGGGUGUUCACUUUACCCAUGACGACGAAGCUGUCUGGGCUUCCGACACUAGUGACCAUGGAGAUGAAGUUUAUCUUGCUAUCCAGGAUGAUGGCAAUGUGGUUUUGUACAAGGGCGAAGAUGACGAUGCUGAAGCUGUGUGGGCUAGCAACACCUGCCAAGAGUAG